AUGGAUAAGAAUCAAGAUUCACUUGUUCUAAAAAAGAAAACUGGUAGAAACAUGGAACAAAAGAAUAACAGACAAAAUGAUUUUGAUAAAAACCGUGCUGGUGUUGUAGAAAAACCUGAGAAAAAACCUUUUGACAAAAAAGUGUACCGCUUAAAGAAAUAUAGCAAGAAGUAUAAACUAGAGCAAUGGGAAGAACAACGUAAAAAGAGACUACUUCGUGAGUAUCAUAAAGAAAUUAAGAAUGAUUCCUCAGCUGGAACUUACAAACCUAAGACGUUUGAUGAGGAUGCUCCAGAUGGUAAUUCAGAUGUUGGUAAAUAUGUGAGACAUCCUGAUUUCGUUGACAAACAAACAACAGCACCUAAAUCCAAGAGAGAUCCAUUUCAACAAGCAAAAGAACAAUUCAACAAAGUGAAACAAGAGAAAUUAGAGAAACAAAAAGAAAUAGAACGAGCAAAGGAAGAGAAGAAAAAGAAGUUGGAGGAAUAUAAGAAGAAGAAGCAAGAAAAGUUUAAGAAGUUAAGCAAAAAGACAAAGAAGGGACAGCCAGUUAUGACAGGGAGACUAGAAUUGUUGCUAGAAAAAAUUCAACGCAGUUAG